UGUGUUUCCCUCUAGAUGCAGUAAAGUGGGGAGAAUGAUUCAGAGGUAAAACCACAAAUUGACCAUGCAUUGAUGAAGAAGCAGCUGUUGUCAAGUUCACAUCCUUGCUUCUGAUUUGAACUGACGGUGAGAGGAAGCAUACGGUAUCAGUCGUUCUGUUUGGACUCCUUGUUUACAGAAGAGUGAUGGGGAUGCCGUUAAGCACAAAAGGGAUCACCAUAUGCCUGUUUUUCUUUGUAUUGAGUCUGGCAGCAGCUAUUGAAAUACCAUUAUCAGUUGCACAGCUUCCGACGAUCACGGAGCAGUCUGACACACAGAUCGCCUACCCCUUCGAUGAGGACUUCACAAUUACAUGCGAAGCUAAAGGAAAUCCACAGCCCACUUUCAACUGGACUAAGGAUGGAAAACCGUUCGAUUUAUCGUCUGACCCUCGGAUACUUACAUUUAACAAUUCUGGAACAUUUGUGAUUCAAAACCAUGGGAUCAUCACUCAUUUCCAAGGGAAAUACCGUUGCUACGCAUCCAAUGCACUGGGAACUGCCAUGUCAGAAGAAAUUGAACUUAUUGUUCCAAGUGUGCCAAAAUUCCCAAAAGAAAAAAUCGAGCCCCUGGAUGUGGAGCAUGGUGAUUCUGUGAUUUUGCAUUGUAACCCCCCGAAAGGCAUCCCACCAUUGCAUAUCUAUUGGAUGAAUAUUGAUUUGCAGCACAUUCCGCAAGAUGAAAGGGUCUCCAUGAGCCUUAAGGGAGAUCUCUACUUUGCAAAUGUGGAAGAAAAUGACAGUCGAAGUGAUUAUUGUUGCUUUGCAGCGUUUCCAAGACUGAGGACGAUUGUACAGAAAAUGCCAAUGACACUGAAGGUUUCCCGUUUUAAACAUGCUAAUGACUCAGGCUCACCUAAUGCUGCGGUUACUAAGGCAAAUUUUAUCAAGGAGAGAAAACCCAAACUGCUGAUCCCUCCUGAAUCUUCUGGCAGUAGCUCAUCAGUCACUGUCAUCAAGGGAGGUGUCCUACUACUUGAAUGUAUUGCUGAAGGGCUCCCAACUCCUCAUCUAAACUGGGUCAAGGUUACUGGAAGCUUGCCCAAGGACAAACCAGUAACAGAAAAUUACGGGAAGAUACUGAAAAUAGAACAAGUGUCUGCAGCCGACGAAGGAACCUACCAGUGCACAGCAAGCAAUUCUGUGGGCAGAGCAAAACACGAGUUCCACGUUCAUGUGGAAGAGCCUCCGCAGUGGAUAAAGGAGCCGGAAGGUGGGGUUUACAGUGUAGGAGCAAAUCUUCUGGUGUUUUGUGAAGCUUUUGGCAACCCAGCGCCAACUACAGAGUGGAAACUUAAUGGGAUGCCAAUUGAUAGUAGGACCUUUAGAGGGAGAGUCUCUGCCAGAGAGAUCAGCCUUACCAAUCUGCAAGUUCAGGACAGUGCUGUGUACCAGUGUGAGGCUAGCAACAAGCAUGGCACCAUCCUGGCUAGUGCCAACGUGAAUGUUUUAAACAUUGCUCCCUUAAUACUAACCUCAGAUGGUGAAAACUAUGCCACAGUUGUUGGUUACAGUGCCUUCUUGCACUGUGAAAUUUUUGCUUCGCCUGUAGCGGAUAUUAGAUGGACCAAGGAUGAUAGCAUAGAGCCACUCUCAGCAUUACGCUAUGAAUUAAAUAAAAAUGGAACCCUAGAGAUCAAAGACACGAGGAAAGAAGACGCAGGAUCGUAUGCUUGCUGGGCUGCAAACUCUGUUGGAAAAAGAGCAAUUACUGCUAAUCUCGAUAUAAGAGAUGCUACAAAACUUGUUGUUACUCCGAAGAACCCCCAAGUGUUAAAAUCACAUUCAAUUUUGUUGAAAUGUCAAUCUGAAUAUGAUUCACACUUGAAACACAGUUUUAAAUUAUCUUGGAGAAAAGAUGGAGAUGAGCUGCCAGUCAACAGCAUGGAAGAUGGCAGGAUAAUUAUGGACAUGGAUACAUUGUUCAUAUCAAGUGUGACAUUGGAGGAUCAAGGUGUUUACACGUGUGUGGCUAGUACUUCUCUGGACAGUGUCGCAGCUGAAUCACGAUUAAUUGUUCUUGACGUCCCUGAUCCGCCAGAAGAUCUUCAACUCUCAGAAAAUCAAAACCGAAGCGUUCGACUAUCCUGGAAAGCUGGGGCCAGUCAUAACAGUCCUAUUAAUGAGUCUAUUAUAGAAUUUGAAGAGAGCCGAUGGGAGCCAGGGAGGUGGCAGGAGUUAGCCAGAACCGCAGGGAAUGAAACGACAACCGUUUUGUCACUCGCCCCAUAUAUGAAUUACCAGUUUCGCGUCAUAUCUGUGAAUGCUGUCGGAAGAAGCCAGGCUAGUAAACCGUCACUGCGCUAUGCAACACCUCCGGCUGCUCCAGACAAGAACCCAGAAAACAUCCGAGUUGAAGCUUCUGAACCAAAUGAAAUGGUGAUGAAAUGGGAGCCGCUGAAACCUGUGGAGCGGAACGGGCCGGGGCUGGAGUACAAAGUCAGCUGGCGGCAGCAGGGGGUCGAGACUGAUUGGAACGAGGAAAUGGUGAAAAAGCAUUCUCUGACGCUGCGCAACACUCCCACCUUUGUGCCUUACGAGAUCAAAGUCCAAGCAGUGAAUAAUUUAGGAUCUGGUCCUGAGCCAAAUGUUACCACUGGAUAUUCAGGAGAGGACGUUCCAGAUGCUGCUCCUUCCAGUGUGUCGGUGGAUACUGUGAAUAGCACGCUGGUUAAAGUGUUCUGGUUUGGAAUUCCAAGGGACAGAGUUCGCGGACAUUUAAGAGGCUAUAAGGUCACUUGGUGGAAAACCAAAAGUAUGCUGGAUGGAAAGAGGCAUCACCCAGAGAAGCACUUCCUAACCUUUGUAGGAGACAGAAACUACGGAAUGAUUCCUGGUCUAGAGCCCUUUAGUGAAUUCCGCUUAACCGUUCUGGCUUACAAUGCAAAAGGAGACGGACCAGAAAGCUCUCCGGUUGUAUUUGAAACGCCAGAAGGAGUCCCUGAGCAGCCACGUUUUCUACGGAUACUAAACUUCGAUAAGGACUCCGUCACUCUGUCGUGGGGACUUCCCAAGAAAGCGAAUGGCCACCUUACUGGCUACGUUUUGCAAUACCAGAUAAUAAAUGAAACGCAUGAGAUCGGACCCUUGAAUGACGUCAGCAUAACAAACCAUUCCACGCUCAGCUGGAGGCUUUCCAAUCUCAGCUCCAGCACCAAGUACAAAUUCUAUGUAAGGGCUUGUACAGUGAAAGGCUGUGGAAAGCCAGUCACAGAGGAAGGACUAACAAUGGCUCAAGGGAGUAAAGGGAUCGACAGGAUUUCAGAAGCAGUAAAUCCCACCCAAAAGGUUCACCCCAUUGAGGCACUUGAGCCUGGAACUGAAUAUACAGUUCGUCUAGUGACUAAGAAUUGGGUUGAUAACAAUAGCAUUUUUGAAGAUGUAAUUGAGACAAGGGGGAGAGCUUAUGCUGGCAUUUAUGAUGGAAUUUCCACGCAGGGGUGGUUUAUUGGACUGAUGUGCGCCAUCGCUUUGCUCACCUUACUGCUGCUAACUGUUUGCUUUGUCAGAAGAAAUAAAGGAGGAAAAUAUUCAGUGAAAGAAAAAGAAGAUUUGCAUCCAGAUCCUGAAGCUCAAUCAAUAAAAGAUGAAAUCUUUGGGGAAUAUAGAAAGUGACAGCGAUGAAAAGCCGCUGAAAGGCAGCCUCCAGUCAAUAAACGGGGACAUUAAAGCCACCGAAAGUGCUGAUAGUCUGGUAGAUUACGGAGAAGGGGAACACGGGAUGUUCAAUGAAGAUGGUUCAUUUAUUGGAGCUUAUUCUGGAUCUAAGGAAAAAGGAUCAGUUGAAAGCACUGGGAGUUCUACAGCAACUUUUCCUCUCCAUGCGUAAAAUGUUAGCAAGAAUGAUUCCUUUUGAAUGGUGAUACAUAUCCUGACUAGCACUGCACAGCUACCAUAUGUGAUUGGAAAUAGGUUACCAAUUGAGUCAGUCAGGAACCUGACAUCCAGGUAAUACAAAAAUAAGUCACUGCCACUAAAAGAUGAGUUUUGAGAGUUUUCCAUCCUAAUUGUUCAGGUGUUUUCUUCUAUUAAAAACCAACCGAAUCAUUCCUUAGUAUACAAAAUAUGUCAGUCUUACCAAAACACAAUUUCUCAGUGUUACAUAUGUAUAGUUACUUGCUAUUCUGUGUGUUUCUUAAUUUUGGAAUAUAUUUCUCUGUAAAAUAUAUUUUUUUCUUGCGUGGCUGUUGUCACUUUGUACAUACUUUUAUACCCAGUAUUCCCUCAUAUAUCACGACCUCAGCCUUGGAGAGGUCAGAACCCAGUAAGGAAAAAAAAAACCAAAAACACAGGUUAUUCUACAAAGUGACACAACGAAUCCUGCUGAGGAAAACAAUAAUUUUGGGAAAACGGUACUGGAGAAAUAUAUUCUAGGUAUUAUUUAAUUUUUCAUAAGGAAAUAAACUCCUUUGCUUAAGAUGCUCUAAAUUUAUUUUAGUGGUUACAGCUGACUGCAAUUACCGUUUCUUAGAGAUGCAACUUUAUGCGUGGAAAAUUUGCUCUCAAAAGAUAAAGUGCAGAUCAUGUGUCUGAAUCCUCUGUCCAGUAGCUGGCACUAUUUCCUUAAAUAAAAUAAGCUGCAGUAACUUUCCUGUGGCAAGGCAAAACAGGGUUCCCAUCCGACCAUCAUUAAGAAUUUUAAUUUGAUUUCCUGAAUCUCUGCAAGCUGCAUUUCUAAGCAAAAGGCUUUUUGCCUGUCUCGUAUCUGUAUAUUUGUGUGCUGGCAUUCAUUUCAUGGAGACAUUGUACAUAUGCUGUUAAUAUUGACCCAGUUUAAAAUCAGCCUUGUUUUAUUUUGAAAUGAGACAUGAUGCUAGCAUGAGUCUGUAUAGCCGUGUAGUAAUAGGAUUGCUUCUCAAAAUGAGCUUGAACCAGCGAAACCAGUUUUCAGAAGAGGAGUUGUGUGUAAGCCAAUCGCAUGAAUCGUACUGCUUUCUAAUAUCACAUAAAAUACAUCUAUGUGAGUAUCAAGAGAGCAUUUAUUUUCAAGCUAUUCAUUGUUAAAUAAACAAAAGCAAAAGCAAAGAGGAAAUAUUAUGAUACGGUUUCUUUUACAUUUUGUUUACUGAAUGCUGGUUUAGACCCUCUCUGUUGUAGUUCUUUUCUUUGCCCGUCGUUUCCCCUAUGAACUCAGCAAAGCUGAGCGCUCUUGCCAGCACGUUUUUUUGGUCUUUUAGUAUUUGGAUCUCCCGAUUAUCUAUAAAAUCAUUUGUAUUUUAAUAUAUGCUUAUUUGAUUAGAGUUUUAAUACUACUUCAUUUCUUCUCUGAACUUACAAGUGGCUGCCACUUCAGUUACAAUUUUUUUAAAACAUUGUUGUGAGACCACUAAUUCCUGUAGGAGAAAUAGGUCCUAAAAGCCAUUUAAAUCCUGGUAGCAGUUCGCCAAAUGUCCCCAGUGGUUCCUUCAUGGUCUCUGUUACUUCAGUGGAAGAAAGAGUGGAAGUAACAAUUACUCGCAUGGUUAAGAGUUUACAGAUAACACCUGGAAUUGCCAAUCUAUUAGUUGCACGUAUAAAUGCACUUUGUUCCAAAUAGGAAGGCCAGGAUUUAUAAGUGGCUAACCGUAAGUUUGUGCUUCUCACUAGAGUGGCUAAAUUCUCAAAAGUGCUCAGUAAUUACUGAAAAUAAUGUCUUUGGUGCUGGAUGCUUCUGAAUAGCUGUUCCUCUUUUGUGUUUUUACUCAUAGUGACCUUUUCUGUAGCCUCUCUUUGGGAAAAGCAAAUCCCCGAUAAGCCAACCCCAAAACCCCAGUGAUGCUGUGUCAAUGACUGUAAAAUCUGCCCCGAGUCAAAAAUAGUCCCCACUCCAUGUCAGUGACCUCUGGGAUGUGAAGGAUUUGACAAAGUCGUUCGUUCUGUGUUAUGUAUAAAGUCUUAUUUUCUGCACUUCACUUAAGCUGAAUGCUGAAAAAGUCCAAAGUCAUCUUCAUUUAAAAAAAAGAAGCAAGGGAGUAGUUGGAGGGAUGUGAAAAUUGGCAUCUUGUCAGCAAAGAGAGAUUUCCCACCGGGAUCGUUAUCUGCUGACUCUUGUCUGCUGUAUCCCAAAAGAGACAAAGACUAAGAACUGAUUAGACUUGUGACGAUGUUUCUUGCAAGCUUCAGCCUAUUUUUAAUGCAGUUCCUUUAGGAAUCAUCUGCCCUAGCAUGUGCUACUGCAGCGUUGACUAUGGCGAGCUUUGUUUUGUUCUCUCAGUCAUUUUCAGUGAAAUAUUUUGUAUUUUAAAUGGAGAUAUUUCCACUGUCUGGCACUUCUUAAAUAUUAAAGCUAAUCCCUUAAUCUUACAUCUCUACCACACUGAGGCUCUCUGGUGACGAAAGGAGGGCCGCUCCGGCUUUCUCUGGUAGGUGCGGAAGUAGAUCCUGCGACACCAGUUUUCCCAGAGCAAAGUUACGGCCGUCUCCAGCCUUUCAAGGGGUGAUGGAUUUCAGGCUGUUUUUCUCCUUUCUUAGCAUGCUCCUCCCGCUGCAAACGCACAAAACCCCAGGGAGGGCAGCGAGAGGCAGGGAGCCAAGUUACGGCAGGAGCCCCAAAGCCGCGGUAGCUGCCCUGCGCGAAGAGCCCGGGCAGGGUUGGGUCGGUCUCCGAACCGGGCAAGGCUGUCCGCGCCGUGGCUCCUCGGCAGGGCCGGCGGUGACUUCCAGGCUCUGCGCAGCCCGGCAGCGGGCAGGCACUUGCUUCUGCUUUGGGUUGCUGCAGAUCGGCUAGGCUCAGCGUCCCCCAAAACACCUCUGGUAAGCAGCCGCAAAUUUCAGACCGUAUUAGUGAGCGUCAAGCUAUCGAAUGAUGAAUAAAUCCCCUGUGCUAUCAGUUGCUCUGUUGCUGCUGAGAGAUGUUUAUGACAUUCCUGUGAUGUGCUACUCAUCUGUGCCGGUAUGAGUGCUUUUUCUUUUGAAAUUUUAAUUCAGACCCUUAAAUCUUAGUGUUUCAUUAUGCCUCAGGGCCUAAAAAUCAUACGGUGACAAAAAGAUGUGCAAUGGAAUUUUUACAGUGUGCACUGACUUUUGGGGAAUAUGCCCAAUGAAUAUUAAACUAAUGGCUAAAACUCCUAGGGAAACUAACUCACAUGAGCUUUCUUCUCCGUCUCAGUCAUUUCUUUUCCUUUUUCUUUCCUUCCUCCCCCCCCCCCCCACCCACUGCUGUUGUAUUUUAUUCUUUCAGGGUACCGCUCAUGCAGUGGGUCUUGGAAAGUGCAGGCCACUAAUGCUAUUUCAGAGAUUUGCUUUCAAAAAGGAACUAACACUAUAAGCUUAUAGUUUCCUGAGCAGUUCUUUGCCACAGGCAGUGAACAGUCUGCGCUUUCGUUCUGGGGCAGUCUGUUGCAGAUGAGAAGCAGUAUGGACAUGUAGAUUGAAUUAAAAGUAUCGAUACCAACUGUACUGCAACUUUGAAGUAUUCCCUUAAUCAAAUAACUUUUCAGUGCUGUCUGGGAGCAUUUAUUAAAAUUAGUUGAUGAAAAUCUGUAGUGAUUUCAUUAAUGGAUACCUACCCUGGAAUUAAAAACGCCGGCAGUGUGAGCACGCACGCUGUGUCACGAAGGAAAUUUUAGUGAAUCAGUCCUAGCGUUUUCUGCUGCCAACUCUCUAGUGGCAAGGGUGAGGCAAUUGGAGCGCUAGUUCAAGUUAGCUGUUUUUUUGGUCACAUGUGGGUACGAUGCGUUGGUACAUUUUGCUGCCAGUACGAGGGUAAGAGGGGAAAUGACGUUUUCGGAGUUGGUGUCUGCGUGGACCCAGGCGGGCGUCUGGCACAGCGAAGAGGAGCAGCUCCCUGGCGCCGGACAGCCCCCGCUUGGGAGUUCAAACAGCCUCUUGCAGAACAAGAGAGGUACAAAAGUUGCUCGUACAGAAAGUUGUGAGGUUUUGACUGUGCUUGACAUGCAACUGUGCAUAAAAUCACCUCUUCUUUAUUAUUAAGAAAAAUAAGCUGCGUGCUGCCUCCCCGAGUAGCCCAUUUGCUUUCGCAGAGCAGCGUAUCAGUGACUGAUUCCGGAGCGGGUUGUAAGCUCAGACCUAAGCGUAUAAUUUCUAUGUUUAUUAAAAAAAAUAAAAAAUAACGUAAUUGCACAGUAGAGAAUUUGUAGGAAUGGCCUCAGCUUCAUUCUCUGGUAAAAUUUGUGAACCCAGGCUUCAGAAAUCCACGUUUUGGGGCCUCCUCGGCUCUUCAGGUGCGGGCUGCCGCGCUGGCCAGGCCCCCAGCCCCGCCUGGGGCUGCCUCUUUGCGAAGGGCACGGUGAGAAACCAAAUCUGAAAAUGAUUUUCCCCUCUGGACAAAAAUGUGUGUGUGUAUGUAUAAUAGAUAAUUUCUCUGUAACUCUGUUUUAAAUGACUCUCAUUAGUGAAUCAUGUAAUGGUUCAUGAUACUUGUUUUGCUGCGGUCUUACAGAUUUUAAUGAGUAACUCUUUUUCUGAUAACUGCUUGCAUUGACCGAAUGGGUCAGAUCCAGUAUGUGAGAGGUUUUAAUAGAAACAUUCAGGCCAAUAUUCUUUUUGAGGUGCAAACAAAUACUAGCACAGUCUUUCUGUACAAGAAGUUUUGUGGUUUUUACAGUAAUUCCUCAUGUAGUUUUGUAGACUAAUGUUAGAAUGACAUUCGCUAAUCCUCGUGCGCUUCUCAAAGGAAAUCUCUUCAUAAUCUGUUUUGUAGUCAUUUUGCAGAUGAGUGGUUAGUCCAGAUUAUUUUAAAUACCUGUAAGAAUGGACGUACAAAAAGGGAAAUUGUUCUUCAUGACAAGAGAAUUUCCGUUCAUUUGGCGAAGUAUCAAGCCCUCAGCUGCAUCUCUUAAAAUGUGUAGUGUUUCAAAAUAAAGGAGAUGACCGUGUUGGAGCAUCCGUACAUGUUUACGUUGCAGCUCUGUAUCUUUCAUGUAAAGCUUUCAAUUAAUGCUAUCAAAUGAGUGAGUUUUGUAAUCUGGAGUAGCCUGUUCCGUUUUCAUGCAGGAAACAAUGCGUGGGUUUGAGCCAAAGCGUACUAUCUGUUUCAUUUAUUAUUAUUGUUACUUUAAACAAGAGACUUUGUAAUUUCGUGAGAAAAGAUCAAAGCAAAUGUGUCACUGUUACAUUGUUACUUUUUGAGCUAAAUGUUAGCGUGCAUUUGUUAAACUUUAGAGAAAUGUGUUUGUACUGUAGUUGCUGUUUGUAUCAUGCAUAUGUGCAUGUACGGUUUUAAAGGAUAUUUUCAUUUUACAUGAAAUUCAACUUUGCUAAUAAAAGUUUGACUUGAUGUAAUCUUCAAAAGC